GAUCACAAGUUGACAAACGCUGCACGAGCGCGCGCGUUAAAUGUGUUGGAAUUCAUAGGUGUGUGAAAUUUUGUCCUUACGAUAAAAGUGUGUGUAAUUAUUUUAAACUCACGAAACAAUAAACAUUUCGUAAUUAUGUGCAUACGGUGGUAAAUCUGUACGUGCUUUAAAUACCAGCUUUCAAUUCAUAUUGUGUUUUGGAGGGAAACAGUGACAACAAAUUAUUGUUUAUAAAUAAACGGAAUAUUGACGGAUCAAUAUCUUAUGAUAUUGUUAUGAUAUUUACUUAAGAAUUAUUUUUGUAAUAAAAGUAAGUGUAUUAAAAAUAAAUAAAAAAUGGAGGUAUCAACAGCAAAAGCAAUAUCGAUGGUUGCUUUAGGAGUCGGCAGUUUUAUUACCGGUAUGAUACCGGCUUGCUUCACAGAGGGAGCGAGACGGAGACAUCCUCUUUUCAUUUCUACACUCCUAUGCUUCGGAGCCGGUGUUCUUCUGUCAACUUCUUUAGUCCACAUGCUUCCCGAAGCGCGGGAAAAGUUACCAAAGUAUUCUGAACUGAUGUUAUGCAUUGGAUUCUUCAUCGUUUACUUUGUUGAUGAGAUGGUGCAUUUGUUUUAUGGCGGUAUGGGACAUAAUCACCAAGGAUCUAGGUAUGGAAGUGGGGAAGUUACUAGUUUACUUUCUCAUGGUAACGAUGGUGAAAUGGACAGAUGCUGCGGGGAUAAUGGUAACCAGAGGAUUUGUCAUGUUAACCACACGCCACCGUGCAGUAGAAGUUCAUCAGGAGUGAUCGGUCUGCUGUGUGCCUUGUUUGUGCACAGUCUGCUUGAAGGAUUGGCGAUUGGAUUGCAAGAGACUACUUCCCAGGUGCUGCUCUUGCUAGGCGCAGUGGCAAGUCACAAAUACGUGGUCGGAUUCUGCCUGGGCGUGGAGUUGUGUGCUAGCUUCGCCCGCCGGCUCUGUUUGCAUUUGACGUGCGUGCUUCUAUUCAGUGGUGGCUCUGUUGUCGGUAUUGGCCUGGGCGCCGGUAUGGAUGCGUUUAGUUCAAUGAAGGAUUCUGCUGCUGUGCCUAUUAUGCAGGCGCUGGCUGCAGGCACUCUGCUGUACGUGACAGUGAGCGAGGUGCUCCCCCGGGAGCGCGCGGCGUGGCAUGAGCGGCGGCGAGCGGCGGGCGUGUCACAGCUCGCUGCGGUCGCUGUCGGCUUCGCACUUAUGUACAUCACCACGCUCUAUCUCGAUGAGGAUGUUUAACAACGUAAGUAAAUCAAGACAAGUUUAGUAAUUAAGUACUAAAUAAUUUUAAGUUGAAGGACCGGAGUGAUUGACAAUAAAACAUUUGUGUAUUUCAGAGUUUUAUUUUAAUUGUGAUUUCGAUGUCAACAAUAUGUUAUAAGUAUAGUAUUUGAUAUGACUGGAUUUUGACACCACAGUUUGGUUUGAUUUAUUUGUAAAUAGAUAUAAAAAUAGUUUACAAGGUAUUUGUUAACAUCAAAUAUAUUUUUAAGGUUUUAUAUGACUGUUAGACUUUACGAUGAAAUGUUUUUAGAUUUAAGAAAUAAAUAAUAAAAACCAAACCAUGUUAUCAUUGAACCUAAUUCGGAGUACGAAGAACCAAUUU